AGAUUGAAUAAUGUUAACUCCUAACUGAUUUCCCAUUAGUGUACUGUCUGAAGAAGAAUUUCAAAAUGCAAAGAUAUUUUAGAUUAGAAACAUAUAUAGGGAAAUUGUUAAUGAGUUACCUUAACAAGUAUGUUAAAUUGCAUGAUGACCAGUUUUCAAUGUCUAUAUGGGAUGGUGAUCUUAUACUCACCCAGCUUGAUUUACGAUUGGAUUUUUUAGAAGAUAUUAUUCCAUUUCCAGUGAAUUUCCGAUCAGGUUGUGUUCAUGAGUUACGUAUUCAUGUGCCAUGGACUAAAUUGAAUUCUGAGUGUAUUGUUAUUACUUUAAACACUGUGGAAUGUACAUUUGGCCUAAAGAAACCCAAUCUCAAUAAAGGGAAUCGAAAUGAGCAAAAUCCAACUGAUUUCGAUCUGUAUGCGUGUAAAAGUCAAUCUAUGCCUACGAAUGUUCCACCUGGGUACUUGGAAGUUUACAUCUAUCGUUUACUUUCUAACAUUCAUUUUGUUGUGCAUAAUUUGAACUUGAAAUUUAUCGAAGAAGAUUUGGUAUUAUCUUUAAGCUUAAACAAAGCCGAUUGUUUUGUCACUGAUUUCAAUGGCAAUCCUAUCUUCUCUGAUAUUAACCCUCGUUCUACUAAUGUAAUAAAUCGUUUAGUUCAAUUUUUCGAUCUUACUGUAUGUCUUGAUCGUGCUGAACGUAAUGGUUAUGUGGAAGUUUAUGAAGAUCCAAUCGCUUAUAGAUUUAGCAUGUCAUGUUUCAUCCAAAUAGUUUGUACACCUAAUGCCAGUUCAUCAACAGUUCAUCAAACUCUUCUCACAAAUCUAAAAAUACAUUGUGAAACAUUUUCUGCACAUAUAAGUCCGGUUCAAAUUCCUUUGUUAUGUCGUCUUAUAGAAGUAUUUUCGUGUAUUGUUACAGAAACGUUUGACUGGUCUAUCGUAGACUGUUCAGAUAACGACACACAAAGUGAAAUAGUUGUUGGAGAAAGUUUUAAUGUGCAAGCUGGGGAAUCGAAGGACAAAUCAAACAGCACAGAUGUAGAGAGACAGUCUUGGGCUUCUUGGGUUUGGUCAUUUGUGCCCAGCAUUAUUCCAGUUACGGAAGAUUCGGAUGAGUCAGAUGGUGAACACGCAGAUAGUAACGUAAAAGAACAGUAUCCGGAUACUGACUGUGUAAAAGAACUAAUACAAUGCAUCUUAGAAGAUGCAUCUGAACACGAGGUUGUCUCACCUUUGCCAACUACUCGUGAUUCUAGUGAGAGUCCUUCAUUAGUUCCUGUUUUAAACACUCAUUAUGCCUCUUGUAUAUCAGGUCCACAUCCAUCCGAGAACACAACCAGUAGUAAUUUUCAACUGGAAUAUAAUGGGGCGAGUAAACAAGAAUAUUUGCAUCUGAGACGUCGGAGAAUUCGUCGUCUCCGGCGGUCCAUCUCUUUAGUGCCUGUGUUCGUGAUUGGGAUCUUUGUCGACAAAAUGGAAUUGGAUAUUUCUUUACCUUGUCCCAAAGGAUUCGCCUGUUCAUCUUCAAAUUCCAGCGUCAGAUCACGUUGUGUCACACCUCACUCUCAACAUUCUGGACCGGGUAUAAAGUGCGAGUUUACUGAUAUUGCUUUUCAGACUACGAUUCGUGAUAUCUAUUUUAGUCUUGUUCAACUUGGAAUUCGUGGAUUCAAUUGUUAUCCUAUAGGAUGUAUAUGCUGCUGUGGUCAGUCGGAGUAUUCAGCCCAUUCAAAACUUGAUUCUUUCUACAGUUCCUCAUUAGAUAAGAACAACUCAUGUAUGACAGACAAUUUACAAUCUUCAUCGUGGAAUACUUGUUCUGUGUAUCACGACUGUUUAGAUAAGGCUCGACCAAAUUUCAUAUCACUUGGAUUUCAUACUAAUUUUAAAUCAUCUACUUAUGAAUUAGGCUUUCAUCCAUGUGAAAUAUUUUAUUCUGCAGUCUUACUACAAUCCAAUAGUCAGUCUAUUAUCAAUCCUAAAACAACUCAUAAACUCAAUUGUUCUCCAAUAUUAACUUUAAGCGAUUAUAAUAAAUAUUUAACAGAUGAAAAUGUUCGAGGAAAUUAUCCAGCUCUUUGGUUUGAUUCUGUUCGUUCCUUACAUGUAAAUGAGUCUGAUAUAACGGCUUCAGAUUGUAAGUUAUUAUGUUUUUAUAGAAAUGAUUUUUCAGUGUUAAAGCUAUGAAGCGGUAGUUCAGUGAUCAAAACACUAUUUAAUUUAAACAACUUAUCAG